AUGUCGUGCGGUUUUUCAGCAGGUGACUUUAUCGAAGCGUUAAAGCUCGUUGUCGCCAUCACAGAUGCGAUCCGCGCUACUGGGCGUGCUCAGACGCAGUACCAUGAGUUUCUGUACCAGCUCGAAGCAUACAAAGAUGCCCUCGAAGCGAUCCAGAGUCUUUACAAUGACGGAGAGGAGCCGUCGCUGAUACUUGUUAACCUUUCCAGACACGCUUUGGAUAGCAUGCAACUCCUUGCCGAACAAUUUCGGAAACUUCAAAAAUAUUCGCGGUCCUUGGGCAAGGGGACGAAAGCCAAGAAUCGUUUUAUGAGCAUGAGUAUCAUGAAGAUCAGAUGGGCUUUUUUUGAAAUGGAAGCUGUAGAACGUUGCCAGAAAAACCUCAAAGCUCGGGUAGAUAUCAUUAAAAUGCUUUUAUCGGCAUAUCAUAUGGAUCGAAACGCCGCUGAGAGUCGGCGCCAGAACGAACAGUAUCAAAGUCUCGGUCGUGCAAUCGGCGAGGACGUUAAUGAAGUUCAUCAUCUGCAAUUACUGUUGUACCAAGAAGUGAAAGAGGUCAUGAGAGCAAUUCCGAAUCAAGUCCUGCGGCAACAACCGAUCUCUUUUUGUGCGAGGGGACGGACAUGGCCAAUCAGUCUUGAGCUUGUUCAGUCUACCAAGGAAUUCAUCACUGUGCUUAAGAUGAAGUUUGAGAACGUUUGGGAUGGUAGAGCUGUGCGUAAAAUCGAAGCUGGUGAUUUCCUGCUCUAUCUUCUUUCUGAGGACGGCAAAACGACCCAAAGCAUUGAUCUUCGAAAUCCGUGGGAAUCGCUCUUUCAACCUGGCCAGAGAGUCAACAUGUAUAUGCAUGUCGCCCGUGCACUCCUGCCAAUACUUUGUAAAGACUGCGGGGCCCUAUGUACUCAGUGGACGUUUCUAUGGUCCAGUCAUAUUUACUGGUAGGCUUGAAUACCCUAAUAUAUCCAAUUACUAAAUUUAGAUUAGCCCGGUGUGCAAGAUCAAAUUCUCUAUUGAUGAUCACAAUCGGUACACUUUAUCUCAUCAUGGAACUAAGCCGUCCUCAGUCUCAUGGAGUAUUCUACCUAAACAUCACCGUGCGAACAAGUCUAGCUAGAGCUACCUAUACGUCCAGCCGACUUUCUAUUUCAAGUGCUUGCAGUAUUUCUAGAUACAAUGAACACUGGUUUGACUCGGUGUCUUCGAGCUAGACAAAAACCUUCCAAUCCUCA